AAUGCCUUAAUGACUGAAUGCUGGUCUGUAGUUUUAUUGUAGUUGCGUCGUUGCUCUGUCAUACUGAGGAACAACAUCUCGUCUCACUUGUGUCUUUCUCUGCAGAUACUAUGUGUGAAAUGAGAAUAAACCAGUCUUGGAUUUAUUCUUCUUAUUUAUGAUUCAGAUGAACAAGUCCAGGUUCUUCUGAACCUUCAUGGACAUUUGUUCCAUGCUGGCUGUGGAACCGCAUUGACUUGUUGUGACAGGCUCACAUUCACAUCCAGGUGCAAAAAUACAGAUGCAGACAGUGGCUGCAGUGAGCCAGGCUACAGCCACGGGUGCAGAUCAGAGGGUCAAAGGUCAGGACGAGCACCCCAACAACAUCAGACAUGCUGCUGUCACCUCAUGACCACGCUGUCACUGUAAAGACCAGCAGAACGACACACCUGGAGGUUGAUCCACGUCAUUGAAGCCUUUGAUUUUCUCCAAGUGACCAGUCGUGUUGGUGAAUGUUAACCUUCUCCCACAAUCCACCAGGAAGCUAAAGCCCCCCCCCCCCUGGGUUAUGGUAGGAAAACUACCAUAACCCAAGGGGGUUAUGGUAGUUUUCACUACGAAAACUUUUACGACGUCAUAUGUUACUGCUGUUUUGUUGUUAGUUUUUAAUCUUUGAGUUUCUAAUCAGGCCUGAAAAAAUACAAUUGAUUAUUACUAUCAUUAAUAUUAUUAACAGCUGUGGCCUCGUUGGCUCAGUCGCUCCUGGGGGGGACACAGACCGGAAGUCUGACAUUUGGGAAGACCCGCUGUCGUUACUUUCUAAAAAAGCAAAAUGGCGCGCCCGGACUGCAAGGGCGCGAGCGUGCACGUAGCGAACGAGGCCCAACAUGUGGGCGGGAAAAUGCUGCUGCGCCGCUACUCGCGUCCUUCCGGCGGCAGCCAAACAGACCGUCGACACGCGGAGCAGCAGCGACGUGGAGCGCGGAGCCCGACAGCCACGAUCACCGAGCCCGUCCGCGGUCUGACGGGGGGAGCGGGGCUCGCGCAGGAGAAUGAGAGAGCGCUCGCGGGCGGAAGGGCGCAGACAUGAACGGGGCCGUGUACAUCUCCUUCUUCCAGGGCCAGCUGGAGUCCGUGCUGGAGCAGGUCGUUCAGCUCGCCGUCCAGGAAAUCAGCAAGACGGUGGGCUCCAGCCUGAACGCGCUGCUGCUGGAGACCGCCGUGAAGGAGCAGGAAAACCGCCGGCUGCGGCUCCAGCUGCAGGCGCGGGAGAACCGGGGCCGCGGCGCCGCGGAGGACGGCGGCUCGGCGGGGGCCGCUAAAGCCAAGGCCGGGGAGCUGCGGGGGGAUGGCCGCAGGACAAAGCCCUCGCCGCCGCUGCCCUCGCCGCGCGCGCCUGGAGGUCAGGGCGGCGCGCGCGCCGUUCCCUUUGACACCCGCCGCCUGGAGCAGCGAGGACGGGUCGUGGACCAGCUGAAGGUGGUCAUGGAGCAGGUUCUGGACUUUGCUCUGCGAGAGCUGACCAAGAUCGUGGAGGCGUCGGUCGACAACCUCCUGCAGGACAUCUCCAAAAUGGACAGGGAGCAGCAGGCCCUGGAGGAGAAGCUCGGGGGGAACGUCGAGCAGGGGAGGGGGGAAAAGUCUAGGGGGGGCCCAGGAAGGAGGAGGGGAUCGGAAAAUGAUUCGGUAUCCCCUAGCGGGUCUGAGGAUACCCGGGGGGAGCCUGGAGAGGCAUCCAAGGCGACGCCGCCCACAGAUGACACAGAGCGUGCCCCCGCCCUCUCUGCCCCCCAGGAUUGGGUCCCCGUCUUGGACAAGGUUUUUGGUCAGAAGUGGUGCAGCGACAUGUGGCAGAUGAAAGAGCUGGAGGGGGGGGGGACUGGGUGUGGCCUGGGUGAGGAAGGAGGAGACAGGAAGGUGCCUGUCCCCGCCCCUCCUGCGAUCCCGGAGCCAUCUCCCUCCUCCCCUCAGCAGGACCCUCGCUGGACCCCCCUGGAAGACAUGGAGGUGUUCUCCCCCGAUGAAGGAGACACUGCAGAGGCUCAAAGGAGCAGCUCCUCCACAGGACCCCCCCUCAGCCCCACAGGCGAGGGGGCCGCUCCCACCGCCAACGAGCCAAGCGCUGCCAUCUUGGCUGAAGCCCCGCCCUCGUCAGGGAACUGCUCCUCUGCCUCCAUGCUUCAUCGCCUCCUGACGCUGCCCUCUCAGCUCCUCGAGGAGGAGGAUGAAGCUGCUGACAAGGAGGCGCUGGUUUCCCUGGCAACCAAUGGAAGCAACGACUGGCGAGGAGACUCGGAGCUCCCGGUCCCCACUGCCAAGGAGGAGGAGGAGGACGAGGAAGAGGAAGAGGAGGAGGACGAGGAGGACAAAGGAAGGAAGAAGCGGCGGCGGGUCUGGUCCGAGUGUGAGGAGUGUGGUCGGCGGUUCAGCCGGAUGUCCCUCCUGAAGGCGCACCGGCAGACUCACGCCUCUGCAGACGGCGCCACAGACGCGCCCUCGCCCUCUUCUCCUCCGUCCAGCGCCACCUCGCCUCUCCGCUGCUCCGAAUGCGGCAGGCGGUUCUCCUCGUCCACCCGCCUCAACAGCCACAUGCGGACCCACCACGAGAACCGGUCCUGAUUGUGUUCUAAUGGAACAAAGAUGCCCAGGGGGGCUUUUACUCUGAAAAGCUUCAGGAAGUGUGUUCAUCACAGGCAGGUCGGACUUUGGGUUUUGGUCUGGAUCCAGAUACGGACUAUGAAAGGAAA